AUGAGAACUACAGAUGAAGCCGUGAUGACCAUGACUGAACGAAUACACAUGAAUAAGAUAGCAAGAGUUAGAAAAGAGUGCAGCGAAGGUGUGAAAAGUAAAAAUAUAACAUGGCUACUAGACUCAGGCUCUACGAGUCACAUGGUAUGGGACCCUGAAAUGUUUGAUAAGUUGUGUAGUGAAGAAAGAGAAAUAAUGUUAGCAGACAAAGGAGGAAGAAAGUUAGUUUCCAAUGGAAUCGGAGAAGUUCCUCUGAGACAAGAAGAUAUAGAAAAUAAAGUAAGACUGAAAAACGUGUUAUGUGUGCCUGACCUGAAUACUAACUUGUCGGUAGCCAAAUUUACAGACUAUGGGUAUAAGGUUACAUUUGAUGAAUAUGGUGCUAAAGUAUAUAAAGAACCUGGAAAAAUACAAAUGAAAGCAGUGCGUAAGGGUAAUGCAUACUAUGUAGAGUCAAUAGGGACAAAUAGUGAAGUUGUUACUGCGACAUUCGAAGAUAAUAUAUGGCACAAAAGAUUGGGACACGUGAACAAAAGGAUCAUCGAAAAAAUGAAGAAAGAAGAGUUGGUGAUUGGCAUGAAGGAAGAGAACAGGAUGAACAUACAGUGUAAAGGUUGCGUCGAAAGGAAAGCGUGUAGGAAAAUACACCCAAAGCUCGAGAGAAGAAAGAGUAAAGAAAUCAUGGAAUUGUGGCACUUAGACUUAAUUGGGCCCGUACAUCCAACUUCUAAAGGGGAUAGAAGAAGUUUCGUAAUGGUGAAGAAAGUCUUGAAGACGCAGAGGGUCGCGGACGUCCUUCUGUGA